CCAAAAUUGUGUUUUAAAACAACAUUUUGGAUUCAAAGAAUAUCAUCUUCUUCUUUAAGGGUAAGUUGACCAAACCAGAAAGGCAGAUAAACAAAUUCUGCGGACUCUAAAUCUUCCCUCUAAAUGUUGGAUGAUAUCAACCUUGUGAAGGUCUGAAAUGAUUGAAGUUAUUAUGAACGAAACCUUCUUUCUGCAAGAUCUGCCAUGCCAUCAACAGUGGUUAUUGAAUUUCUUCCAUCAUGUGGAUCUCAUCAAUAACAUGAUCCUCAAGACUUUCCAGAGAUCCCCUUCAGUGUCUUAACACAAGAUUCUUGGCUGCAUGUCUCCAUGCUCCAGAGAUAGAUACAAGGUAAAAAGGUAACACACAGAAUCCAUCUCAGUUUAAAGUUUGGUCAUGGUUGUGCUCCUUUCUUUUAUUCCAGCAAAAGACAGUCUUUUAGUUAAAGCAUGGCCUAGAAGUCCUAGCACUUUAUUAUACUUAAAUUAUUGCAUGACAUUUUUGUUUUUAUUAUUAUCCCAACUAGUAAGCUCGUGGACACUGGAAUUGUAUAAUAAUGAUACAAACAUAAUGAUGCUGAUUAAGCCAUUGAGUCAUUCUUUAGAAAUUAAAGUCAUUCUUUAUAAUUAAAAAGUAAAAUGAUGUCAUUAACAUAUAGAAAUAUGGCAAAACAAGCAGGCCUUUUUAUUUGUUCCUUGUGCUAAUGUGCUCUUACGCUUGUUUUAUACAUUGGAGUGAAAGAUAGGGAUUGGGUUAGAGUCCCAGGUUGCCAAAUGGCAAAAAAACAUAUUUGUGCAUGUUUGUUUUUCGAAUGUUUUGGACGGUAAAUUUGUAGGAAUUGCCAACAAAGAGAAUCUGUAUCUGGAAGUUAUGGAGACCUAGCAUUGAUUGUUGUUUGAUUCCAGUUCUUUUCCAGCACAUUUAUGAGUCCAGGAGUUGGACACUUGAGCUUUGAACUACGCCCUAGCCUUGUCUCCCUCGUAAAGAAGAAGAGUAGUAACAAGGUUAAGUCUAAAACUAUUUAAUCAGGAAGUUGUUGAAAAGUGAUUUUCAGAGAAAAAAAAAAGUAUAAAGAUGUCAACUAUGU